CCCCGCCCCGCCCCGCGCACGUGUCCCGGGGUCCUCGCGGCGGGCUGCCCGCGGAGCGCCGGCGCGGCGGCGCGGCGGUGACAUUGAGCGCGCAGCGAUGGCCAAGGCCGCGCAGGGGCUGGUGCAGCGGCUGGUGCAGCGCGGGCCCGAGCUGCUCGGCGCCGCCGUCACCUACUCGAAGCCACGCUUGGCCACGUUCUGGUACUACGCCAAGGUGGAGCUGGCGCCGCCGACCCCCGCCGAGAUCCCACGGGCCAUCGACAGCAUGAAGGGGCUGGUCAGAGCCUUCCAGAGCGGCCGCCUGGCGCAGCUCACUGUCAAGGACGCCCUGAGGAAUGGCCUGGUGGCCACGGAGGUGCUGAUGUGGUUCUACAUCGGGGAGAUCAUCGGCAAGGGCGGCAUCAUCGGCUACAACGUGUGAGCUCUGGCCUCAGCACUGCCGCGCUGCUGGCUCUGUAACAUGCUCUGCUACAAUAAAACUAGGAGCAUCUGC